AUGGAUUUCCACUUGGUGCCUCGAGGCACAGAUCGAAAUUAUACGGGAUUCUUCACUAAGACAAUUGUAUACGUCGGUACUCUACUAGUCUUCCUAGUUUCCUUUGGUCUGACAAUAAGUUCUAUAAUAAUCCCAAGAUGGGUCAGCUAUCAUAGCGAAAAGCCCGCUCACCAUUACUCCUACGGUUUACAUCGUCGCUGUUCCUCCUUAACGGAUACCUGUGAAGGCUUUCCGGCCCGUGAAGACUGUCAUGGCGAAGACCGAUACUUUUGUUCGAUGUGGCGCUCCGUUGGCUUCCUGAUGUCCUUUGCCGUCGUUUUACAGGGUAUGAGUAUCGUCGCAUACCUCAUCAUCUUAUCGGGUGGAAAGAGAAUUCGGGAGAAUGGUUGGCGGAUUCUCAGUCUCUUGAUUAUAUUGUCCGCGCUUAUCCAAGCGGCGAGUAUGUCUAUUGUGGCAUAUUUAUUCGAUAACGAAGAUCGGUUCUUCGUUGGCUGGCGACUUGAUGAAUCGUGGAUCUUUUGUACGGUGAGCUGGUGUGUUAGUCUGUUCUGCGCUGGCGCAGUUAUUGUGGCGGCUCAGAUCUUACCGUCCGAGGGUGGUUAUGAGUUGAUUCCUGAUCAUGAUGCGCUGAGAGUUAUCUAA